CACUUCAUUCGUUUUGUUUUAUACCCGGAAGACUUUGUAAACAAAACGGCGUUUGAAUUCAAAACAGGGGGAAAGCAGCACGUGAGACUUGCGGGAUGAAAACAGUAAACCUUUAAGUAAAAUAUAAAAAUAUUUCAGGUGAUAAACAUGGAAGACUUGGAGCGGGAAGAGCUCGGAGGAAACCCGGACUGGAUGUCUCAUCUGCCCGAGGAGCUGCUCGAUGUCCCGCUGUGGAACCUGGCUAUACCUGGGAGCCAUGACAGCAUGUCUUUCUGUCUGGAUGUCUCCUCUCCUGUGCUGAAGUCCGAGCCCUGCCUCCUCAGAGGGAUUGACAGGCUGUUUCCCUGCUGGACUCGACCCUGUGUCUCCCGCUGGGCCACCACACAGCAAUCCGUCCUCAGUGAUCAGUGUGAUCUUGGUGUUCGUUUCUUGGACCUGCGGAUCGCCAGGAAGCCGGCAGGCAGCAGAAAAUUGUUUUUUGCCCAUGGCAUCUACACACUGAUUACUGUGAAGGAAGCUCUGGAUGAACUGGCUACCUGGCUGGACGCUCAUCCCAAGGAGAUCGUAAUGAUUUCCUGCUCGCAUUUCGACUCACUGACUGACGAAGAUCAUGUCAGCCUCGUGGAGUUCAUCAUCACCCUCUUCGGAAAGAAACUCUGCUCCUCACAGGACAUUCCCACUCUGCGUUCUUGUUGGUCCAGAGGUCAGCAGGUCGUUGUUUCCUAUAGCAACCAACAGAUGGUGCUGCUGCAUCCUGAGCUGUGGACUGAAAUACCUUACUGGUAUGCUGACAGCGCUGACCCUAAGAAGGUGAUCGCCUACCUGGAGGACCAGAAGCGAAAAGGAAGACCAGGUGGUUUUUACGUCAGCGGUCUGAACUUGACAGAAGACGCUCUUUACGUCCUCCUCCAUCCCCUCCAGGACAUGAGGAAGAUGACGAGGAGGGCUCUCUCACUGCUGCUUCACUGGGCGAGCGAGCAGCAUCCUGGGGGCGAGGUGGGCGGAGUCAACAUCCUCUGCUGUGACUUUGUGGGCAUCAGUCAGUUCUGCUCACUUGUGAUUGGCCUCAAUGACAAACUGCUGGGUGGAGCUGGCACGGUUGCUGCUUGCCCCGCCAGCAGGAUGCUGGGAGCAUCUUCCUAACUAUCUAAAAAGAUUUAUUUUUCUUUUUUUCUUGGAGUGUGAAUUAAUAAUUAGUUAUUUUACCUCACAAAUAUGUUUGAUCGUGUGAAUAUGUUUUUUUUGGACCCUCACUUCUGAAUUACGCACAGUGUCAUCAGAGUAUUAUUUUCAAAUUGUAAAUAUUGUUUUUCCUGUUGUAUUUGAAUUGCUAUUUUGGGAUAUACACUUUAAUACAUUAUAUAAAUAAAUACUUUCA